CUGCUGGAUAGAUAUCGUUGCCUAUUACAUUACCACACAGAAGACAUUUUGCAUCAUGUCUGGAAUGAAGAUUACAAGCUUCAGCGUCCAUGAUAUCCGUUUCCCCACCAACGUCACUGGAGAUGGAACGGAUGCCAUGAACAAGGAAUGCGACUACAGUGCAGCCUAUAUCGUCAUUAAGACGUCUGGAGAGCUCCAAGGUCAAGGAAUGACAUUCACCAUUGGUAGAGGAAAUGAAAUCUGCUGUUUCGCCAUUGAGCAAGUCGCAAAGCGCAUAGUCGGGAUGGAUGUAGAGACCAUUUUUGGCGAUAUGGGCGCGUUCUUCGAAUUCCUGACGAUGGACCCUCAACACCGAUGGCUUGGCCCUGAGAAGGGAGUUAUUGCACUCGCCACUGCUGCUGUCAGUAAUGCCAUUUGGGAUAUGAUGGCAAAGUCGAGGAAAAAGCCAUUGUGGAAGUUGAUCUGUGACUUUACACCUGAAGAAUUUGUCAAGUGUUGUGCUUGGAAAUACAUCUCGGACGCCAUUACUAAAGAAGAGGCUUUGGAGUUGCUCAGAGCGAAAGAGUCCGGAAAGAAGGCUAGGGAGGAAGAGGUCAUCAAGAGGGGAUAUCCUGCUUACACAACUUCCGCUGGAUGGCUCGGAUACAGUGACGAAAAAGUCAAACGAUUGGUACUGGAAGGUUUGGCUGAAGGGUUCAACCACUUCAAGCUCAAGGUCGGUGCUGAUCCCGAGGACGAUCUUCGACGAGGUCUCCUUAUCCGAUCAUUGAUCGAUGACCCGGCCAACCGACCCAAAGACAAGGUCAUUGAUCCCAAGACAAUUGCCGGAAAGAACGCCUCGGCAACGGGAUGUGUCUUGAUGGUCGAUGCGAAUCAGGUCUGGGAUGUCCCUCAGGCUAUCGAGUACAUGAAGAAGCUGGAACCUAUCAAGCCUUGGUUCAUUGAAGAACCCACAGCGCCGGACGACUGUGUAGGACACGCCGCGAUCCGAAAAGCGCUCAAACCUUAUGGGAUCGGCGUGGCGACCGGAGAGCACAGUCAUAACCGAAUGAACUUUAAGCAGCUAUUGCAGCUCGACGCUAUUGAUGUGUGCCAGAUUGACAGUUGUCGAACAUCGGGAGUCAACGAGAUUCUUACAAUUCUGUUAAUGGCUGCCAAAUUUGGUGUCCCCGUUUGCCCACAUUCAGGUGGAGUUGGUUUGUGUGAAUACACAAUUCACCUGUCUCUGAUCGACUACAUUGCCGUAUCUGGAGAUAUGGACCGCAACGUCCUUGAAUUCGUCGACCACUUGCACGAGAAUUUCCUUUACCCAUGUUCCAUCAACGCGGAUGGGCGAUACAACGUCCCACUGAACCCUAACGAAGGGUACAGUAUCGAAAUGUACCCUAAGAGCAUGGAGGAAUUUGCAUUCCCCAAUGGUGCUUAUUGGGUCAAAGCUGCCCGGGGAGGCGCAGCGACAGAAGCUCAACAUCGAUUAGCGGGUCAAGCUGUGCACUAGGCUACUCGAACGACA